UGAAUAGACGAAGGCGUUGCAGUGUUAAGCAGCGUGGUGACCGUGCUCGUCGUCGUGGCGGACGAUGACGAUUAACGUAGACAGAUUCCGUGGACGCGGGGAAGUGUACUCGUUAGUGUGAUCCUAGUGUUUUUCUUUUAUCUAUUCUAUUCCAUUUACACGAGGAGGAUUGGAUUAUACCGUGGACGACGUGUAUCUACCGAGGAUAAUGCGUCCUUGUGACAUUCUUUAGCACCCCGGUUGUCGGUGAAUCGCCUGUGCCGCACGACACGCGAUCGUUGUCGUUUUUCCCGAAAUUGGCAGCAAGAACACCAUCAACAACGGCGGCGCUCGGCGUUGGGGUGCAGCCCGUGUUAUCAUCCGGCUAUCAUAGCACGGUGCCACCCCAGAACGGGGGUGGUGGUUCGACAUUUAGUGCCGCGGCGAUGGUGGCAGCUGCCACCGCUACGGCCACCGCCACUGCCAGCGUGGUGGCCAUGCAGGACCGCCAAGACAUCCCCUCGCAAUUCAGCCAGAUGCAGAGCCAACAUGGAAUACCCCACCAAACCUACAACGCAGGGUACGCCCAAAGAGGACCAAUGGCCGGAAUGGGGCCAGUCGGGAUGAGCAAUUUCAAUAGCAUGGGCACGAUGAGCCCGAUGCACUCUAUGAAUUCCAUGAAUUCGAUGAACAGUAUGAAUGGCAUGAACUCGAUGAAUCCUAUGUCGAUGGGAGGUAUGAACGGUAUGAAUGGUAUGAACGGUAUGAACGGGAUGACCCCCAUGAACUCCAUGAGUAACAUGGGCAACAUGGGCAUGAACAAUAUGAUGGGACCUAACAACAUGCAGAUGAACAAGAUAAGCAUGCAGGCUCAACCCCACCAAGGCUAUCCAAGGAGAUUAGCGCCUUACCCCAAUCCUGCGAUGCACAUGGCGCAAAAGAGGCAGCAGAGCCCGUACGCUGGCCCGAAUCCCGCUGCAAUGCAGCCGAGUUUCAAUGGCAUGGCGACGUCGCAGUAUCCGACCAAUUACCCCGCGGCGGCGAGGCCGAACUUUCAGCCUCAAUAUCAGCCGAUGCAAAGCAUGAACCCGACGGCGGCCGGUUUUGGGCCUAACACGAUGAUACGGGGCACCAAUAUGAGGCAAACCGCGCCGUCGUACAAUACCGCCGGCCAGGCGGCGGCGAACCAAUAUUAUGGUAGCAACGGUAUACCGGUCAGCAUGGGACCUACCACGGUCGGCAAUCAAUUCGUUGGUCACCAACCGAACACGGGAUACGCGGCCAGCGCGUCCUCGUACGUGGCUGGCGCCGCAGCGUCCAGUCAGUAUCAACAGGACGUCGCGUCGAUGAGAACGACGGGUGCGGGGAGUCUGAACUACCAACAUAGUCCUAUCCCUGGAAAUCCGACUCCCCCGCUCACACCGGCCACCAGCAUGCCCCCGUACAUUAGUCCGAAUCCAGACAUCAAACCCAACUUCAACGAGAUGAAGUCACCAGUUAACAUUCAAAAAGACGAUGAGCUGAGAUUAACAUUCCCCGUGAGGGAUGGCAUUAUUCUUCCACCCUUCCGCUUAGAACACAAUUUGGCUGUAAGCAACCAUGUAUUCCAACUAAAGUCUACGGUGCACCAAACGCUGAUGUGGCGGUCCGAUCUCGAAUUGCAACUCAAGUGUUUCCACCAUGAGGACAGACAAAUGAACACGAACUGGCCGGCGAGCGUGCAAGUCUCUGUGAACGCUACGCCGCUGGUUAUCGAUCGUGGUGAGAAUAAAACGUCUCACAAGCCCUUAUACCUGAAGGACGUGUGUCAACCGGGAAGGAACACGAUACAAAUUACGGUUUCAGCGUGUUGUUGUUCGCAUUUGUUCGUGCUUCAAUUAGUUCAUCGACCAAGCGUGCGAAGUGUACUACAGGGAUUGUUACGUAAAAGGCUACUUACGGCGGAGCACUGUAUAACCAAAAUCAAACGGAAUUUCAGUAAUACUAUUUCGAAUAAUGGCAUACAAUCGGAGAAAGAUGUAGUGGAACAAACAGCACUUAAGGUAUCUUUAAAAUGUCCUAUCACCUUUAAACGUAUUACACUGCCAGCUAGAGGACAUGACUGCAAACACAUACAAUGCUUCGAUUUGGAGUCGUACCUACAGCUAAACUGCGAGAGGGGAUCGUGGAGGUGUCCUGUGUGCACGAAACCUGCGCAAUUGGAAGGACUAGAGGUUGACCAGUACAUGUGGGGCAUUUUGAAUACACUAAACACUGCAGAAGUGGAGGAAGUGACGAUAGACUCCAUGGCGAAUUGGAAACCAGCGAAGAACAUGAGCGGUAUUAAAUCCGAGGAAGAAAGCGACUGCAAGAGAUUGACCAAGGCCAUGUCACCUGGAAGUAUGAACAUGCCCACUAUGAAUAAUUGGGAUAUGAACCAGGCGAUGAGUCCGUACAUACCGCCUGAUAUGAGCAGCAUCGUGAGCGGCUCUAUGAUGAACAAUACACAAUCUACGUACGGAAACAACAAUAUUAACCAUAGAAAUUCGUCUGGAGGAUCUUUCGAUAUCAAUUCCGGAACGAAUACCAACACCAAUAACGAUUACUCGAACGGGUCGGGGCCUCUGUCGCACUUAAACGAAUCAGUUAACUCCCUAGAUCCCUUAAACGCUAUGGAGAAGUCACUGAACGAUCAGAUGCCUCAUACACCGCACACACCCCAUACUCCUCACACACCCCACACACCAGGUGGUGGUAACAGCGGACCACCAAGUGUUCCUCCUGCAUCUCAGGAAUCUACGGGGAAUCAUAACACGUCUGGUAGUACGAGUACAAACAUAAAUAAUGAUUCUGCGGAUAUACCGUCAGACUUGAAUUUCGAUCCGGCUGCGGUAAUAGAUGGCGAGGGUACGGGUCAGGAAGCAUUGAAUCUCUUGCCAGACAAUGUUGUGGAUCCAAUGGAAUUACUUUCGUACCUAGAUCCACCAGAUCUGAACACUCCUCCCAGCAGUGGCGCCAGCAGUGGAAACCCCUCAUCGAGCGAUGACAUAUUGGCACUCUUCGAGUAAAAAAUAGAAUCAAGCAUCUUUUAAAGGAAUAAUCAAAUCACGACCCUAACGUUAAACGAAAAACAGAAAAGAAAGAAAAUGAU